GGACCUUACAACCAUUAAAAGAGCUCCCGUCCCUCUUCCGUUAUCACAGCCAUGGUGGUUGUGACCCAUCUUCCCACUUCCUGGGACCGAAUCUCGCCGUCUCUCCUACAUCUCCGCCGCCGCAUACCCGCCGCGUCCCCGGUGUCCGGACGGAGGAGAUGGCCGGUCUCCGGCGGCCGCGGCGGUUUCGUCUUCUCCGUACGAGCUUACAUGGAGAGCCCUAAUUCCAUCUCCAGCUUCGCGAGUAAGGUCAUCGGCUCGCUUCCAGUGAUCGGACUCGUGGCAAGGAUUCUGAGCGACGAGGGCGGUGUCGGCAGCGAUAUAAUCGAUUUCGCCGAGUUUAGGCGGCGAGUGGGGAAGAAAUGUACGGUGGAUGAUUCUAGGGCUUUUUAUGAGUUCCAAGAACGAAGAGGCAAGGCAGGGGAACCCUUGUAUGUGCUUUUGUGCUGUUGGGUGACUGCGGUCGGUGCCGGACUUCUGAAAUCCGAGGAGAUCCUUGAAGGCGUAGCCAGGCUUAGCAUUUCAAACGAUCUCGAGUUUGAAGAACAGAACUUCAUUGCAUUGAUGAAUGAAGCCAGACAGAGGAGGGCAAAGUUAAACGUGGCUGCUCCGAAAAUCCCAAUGGAAUUAAGAGUGGAAAAGGCUCUUGAAGCAAUCUAUGUAUGUUGCUUUGGGACAGGACUCAUAGAAGAGGAGGAUGAGAAGCUUCUGAAGGUGAUGCUCAGUUCAGUUUUCCUGUCGGUCGAGCAGUCUGAGAUUCAGAGAAUCGUCAAAGAAAAGGCCACGAGAGUCGAGGAAGGAGGAGAAAGCAGCGUCGUUCCCGAGCCCAAACGACUAUCCAAAGAAGCUAUUCAAAUGCAAAUGAAGGAUCUUGAGUUCCUUCAGCAACAGAAGACAGAAACUUGAAUAGUUGUAAAAAAGAACAAGAAUGUAACUUCCUCUGUUUUUCUUGCUCUUUUCUUGGUUUGUCUCCGGUUUGCACGAGUUACCAAAAACCGGUGAGUUAAAUACACAGAAUCGAAUCAAUUGGUUGAAGAAAAGAGUUUACCAAAGAAAGUCAUUCGAGUGUAAGAGUUCUAGGAGGUAUGUGUUUAAAACAGUUUGUGUUGUCCUUGGAAAGGUGAAGCCUUUGAUAUUUUUA